AUGCGACGUUUGCCGCCAUUGCCUCGCAUUGAACCAUUGCCUCCGGGCCCAUUCAACCCUUUCACUGCUACUGCAUAUGCUCCGAGCCCUCCUAGCUCCCAGGACUCCUUCCCAUCCAAGUCAACAUGCUCAACAAGUGACCAUCUCAUUUCACCUCCUUCUCCAGCCAGCUCGGUGGACCUGACUUUGAAGGAUACAUUUUCGGCUCAGAAGGCCUUUGGCUGGCCUAAUGAUCUCUCGUAUACAGAGAUCAUGUCCUUGGUGGCACCCCGUAACAUUAACCGGAAACCUCCACUACAGCAACUAUGUGGGCGUAAACGAAAGAAUGACAUGGUUUCGAGUGACCAAGAUGAUCAACGUGAAAAGCAUCGUAUUGCCGAGGGCAAUCGACGCAAAAAUCUGAGUCAACUCCACCGAGAGUUGGACAGUCGGGUUCAUGACUUUUUCCUCGAAAAGGCUGGCUGGAACCCUAGCAAGAGCCUACCUCAGUCCAAGGAACACAUCGUCCAAGGGGCAAUCUUCCUCCUCGACUUUAUGCUCUCCAUUAUUGUCCACCUCCUGCGUCAGGAGAAGCAUAUCCCACCACACCUAUCUGAGAAUCUCCAAGGCCAGCUCCGUUGUAUGCAGCUGCAACAGCUGGUUUCCAGCUUACAGUCCCAGAACCAAGCGACACAACAGCAGAUGCGUGCACUCAAACAGGAGUACGACGACCUCCAUGAUCGUUACCGCGCGCUUGAGUUCAAGCUCAAGUCCUAUGACCAGAUGUUUCACUCCCCCAAAACCGAGGUCAUCACACCCCCUCCACUAGCCACCAUCCCAGAAUCUUCCCAAAAGAAGAUGCUGCCUGGCCUUCGAGUGUUCUGCGAUGAGGUCGCUGCUCUCAGCCCCGAUCCUGAGGCCACAGCAACCACGAGCUCGACGAUGUCGCACAGUUUCGGCGCCGUCCUACAUAGUACACCACCAGCCACCAACCCAUCAUCGCCACUCUGUCCUACACCAUCCUUUCCCCACACUUUUUUACCGUUCCAACGUGGAUCUUCCCACACUACGUAG